CGCACUCUCGCGAGAUGAGACUUGGGCGACUGGAUUAGUUGUCCGGCAGGAGUGAGGGAGUCAGACGUCGCUCGGCGGUGCGGGAGUGGGAGGCAGGGAGCCGGCGGUGCGGAGAGUGUCCCGGGGAAUUGGGGCCGUGCUGCUCAGGCUCCGCCUCUGACUGGGCGCUUCUGCAGGCGAGGAGGAGGAGCAACUGGAAAAGGGGCGUGUCCUGGCUGCCUGGGGGUGUGUGCUUCCAGUUGGGGGUCAGUAUGGAGUUGGGGUUCCCCCAGUCACCCGGCCCCUGCAGGAGCCCCGAGGUAUAAGCACCCAAUAGUAUAACAGUGAGGGCGCAGGGAGUUGUUGCUACGGAGAGAGUCGCCCCCCGCCCAGGUUCCGCCGGUGAUGCCCCCAUGCAGGUUCUGCUAGAGAUGGCGGCCACCACGGAAAAUCUGCAGCUACCAGGGGCAGCGGGAAGUACAGAGGGGGAGGCUACCACCUUCCUGGCUCCACCCCCUGCCCCGCCCCCGCCCAAAGCAGAACUGCAGCCCAAAGCCACAAAGGAAGGGGCGGAGCAGCAAGCAGCCCCCCGGGGGCCCCGCAAUGGCUUCCAGGGGAAGAGGAGGAACAGCUUCAACGUUGGCUUCAAGCACCCGGUUCCGUUCAAGCGGCGCCGGAGGGUCAACUCGGACUGCGAUCCGGUCCUGCCCUCCAACUUCCUGCUGGGGGGCAAUAUAUUCGACCCCCUCAACCUGAACAGUCUGCUGGACGAGGACGUGAACCGCACGCUCAACGCCGAGACCCCAAAGUCGUCGCCUCUUCCGUCCCGGAACCGGGAUCCAGUGGAGAUUCUCAUUCCUAAAGACAUUACGGAUCCGCUGUGCCUCAACGCCAGUUCCGGGGAGCUCCUACUGUCCCCCCUAAAGAGUAGGAAACGGCACCGGCACCGCCACCACCCGCCGACAGAUGCACCUUCAAAGGCUCCCGGGGGGCCGGCUCAGGAAGCAGAGCCCGCCCCCGAGGAGCCGCAGCCAUACGAACUGAACACGGCGAUUAACUGCAGGGACGAGGUGGUGUCUCUGCCCGCGCUGGAGAGUGACCCGGCGGCGCCAUCGGCCGGCGCUUCCGCCAUAUCUGCCUCUCGGCACCGCAAACGGAGAAGGACUUCCAGCAAAUCCGAAGGGAAACACGGGAGCCCGGAGAGGAGUAAGAGCCUAUUGGCCGAGGGGGCCGCCUUACGGCCGCACUGCCCCAAGUCUCGGGCCAAGGGCAAAACCAGAUUCCAGUAUGGGAACUAUUGCCGUUACUAUGGUUACCGGAACCCCAGCCAAUCGGAGGACCCCCGCCUUCGUGCGCUGAAGCCAGAAUGGUUUAGGGGGAAGGCAGUGUUGGACAUUGGCUGCAAUGUGGGUCACGUGACUCUGUGUGUGGCCAAGAACAUGGGGCCCUCGCGUGUGGUGGGACUGGACAUUGACAGGUCCCUAAUAACCGCCGCGCGCCAGAACAUUCGCCAUUACCUGUCGGGAGAGACAAAGAGAGACGGUGGCUUUCCGGCCGGACUGGUCGCCACUCGGGGGCCCAUCGCUGCCCCAUCACUGCCCCCAACAGGCGGAGAAGGGAACGGCUUCCCACACAAUGUGGUGUUUGUGCAGGGUAAUUACGUGGUGGAGCGGGAGGAGCUGGUGGAGGCUCAGCAGUCGGAGUACGAUGUUAUCUUGUGCCUGAGUGUCACUAAGUGGGUGCAUCUGAACUGGGGCGAUGAGGGGCUCAAGCGCAUGUUCCGCAGAAUGUUCCGACAUCUGAACCCCGGGGGGACCCUCAUUCUGGAACCCCAGCCCUGGGCCUCAUAUGGGAAGAGGAAGAAGCUGUCGGAGGCUAUCUAUAAGAAUUACAGUAAGCUCGCCUUCAGACCGGAGCAGUUCACACAGUACCUCGUGUCGCCUGAGGUUGGAUUUUCCAGUUACGAGCUCAUCGGCACCCCUCCGACUCAUUCUAAAGGGUUCCAGAGACCUCUCUAUGCUUUUCACAAGAGCGCCCCCUGUGCCGGGACUGAGAAGCUUCCUGACCCCGCCUCUCCCGGUGCCGCCCCUGCAUGUGGGGAGGGGAUAUAAGGAUUAACUGCCCCCCGUACCCACCCACCCACCAGUUCUUUGUUUUGUUUUUGCCACAAAUGUUUAUUUUUUAUGAGAAAGCAGCGCAUUAGUGUCUGAGAGCGGCGGGACCUUUGCAAAUAUAACCUGGGAUUUUGCA